CGGGUGUUUUUUCCAGUUUGAAUGGAUUGUCGGUCUAGUUUGUCAUUUUUGUCCACUAUAUUCGUAAUGUUUGUAUGUCUAAAAAACAACCGGGUUGACUUUGAGACGGAGCGCUCUAUAUAGGGAUGAAGCCUCCAAAGUCAACCCGGUUGUUUUUUCUUUUUUGUAUGGUUUGUAUUGUUUGUCGGUCUAGUUUGUAUUAUUUGUACAGACAGUUCAUACAUCUAUAAUGUUUGUAAAUCUGUUUGUAUGUUUUGUCGUUGUAGUUUGUACUGUUUGUAUGGUUUGUACUGAUUGUAAUUUCGGUUUGUAUACUUCUUAAUUUUCUAUAAUACCCAAAUUACCCCUAUCAUUAAUUAAAUAGCCCUUCCCACUUUUUAACCGUCAGAUUGCUAUGUCCAGAUCUAGAACUGGGGCGUGAAAGGGGCUUAGCCAAAUGACUAAGCACCUUAGUAGGGGUGGGCAUCGGUUAGGGUUCACCUUUCCGAACUGAAUCAAACUGAACCGAAAUCAAAUUAUACAUUUUUCGAAUUGAAAUUCGGAAGGGCAAUGAGCUUAAUUCGGAACCCAGGGUCCUGUCGACCGAACCGAAAUUCUGAAUAAACCGAAUUAUACAAUCUUUCUAGCCCAAGCCCAUACUCUCCCCCUUACACUCACAACCAAAUGAGCCCACCCUUCCCUCAGGCCUACACUGGCCAAAGAAACCCACUAAAAAUCCCUACCAAAACCCCCUGUCUCCCACGAAGCCCAUUACCUCCCAACCCUAUCUGCUAUCUCAUUUCCAUUUUCCAACAACCAGUGGGAAGAAGAAAGAAAGACGAAGCCCAUUACUCUCCCUGUAGAUCGGCGGUGGAGAAGUCGAAGAUGCACCCAGCUCCACCUCCUCGCCGCAACCCGACGUUCUACACCACCGCUGUCACCGCAGCUCGCACCCAGCCCCGCCUCCGCACCGCGACCCGCACCAACGAAGAAAUCCACCGCUCUCCACUAGACUCAUCGGUGGCGGGAUAGCGUUGACGCCUUACUCGAGGUCGGGGGACGAGAACAGAGAAAUCAGAUCUACCCUUCUCCCUUCAUUCUCAAUCUUUGAGAUCUCUACCUCUUAUUUGAAAAUCGAUUUUUAUUUAGCAUAUGCUUUUGUUUGGGAGAGAGUUUUGUGGGAGGGAGAGAGAGUAGCAGAGGGAAGGAUGAAAGAAGAUGAUGAAUUUUGUUUGGGGAAAGUUUGGUGGGAGGGAGAGAGAGCAGGGAGGAUGAAUCUUUGUUUGGAGAGAGAGAGAGAGAGUAGCAGAGGGUGAAAGAAGAGGACGGAUGAUUGAAGGGGAAGUGGGGAAGAAGAUGUCUCUAGAAGUUCGAGUUGGUCGGGAUCCCGAACCGAACCAAGAUAUUUUGGUUCAAUCAAACCGAACCGAAAUAUAUUUCGGUUCGAAUUCGAUUUCAUCUUUGAACUGUUUGGAGGACCCGGUAUGCUUCUGUUCGGUUCGGUUUAGACCAAACCAAACCGAUGCCCACGCCUACACCUUAGUCAUGGGAUCCGCACUCUAAUCCCAUCCCCUAACUUCUACCGGAAAAAAUGUAAAAGCGAUGUUACUGUCACCGUUUACAACAUCUACUUAUUCAAAUGACACCGUUACUUGCCGAUCUCUGACCUAUUGCUACUACUUAACUCGGCCACCAGCUGUUAUUGACUCCGUGACUCGGAAAGAGAUCGAACCGAACCGAUACCCACCCCUACACUUUAGUCAUGGAAUCCGCACUCUAAUCCCAUCCCCUAACUUCUACCGGAAAAAAAAUGUAAAAGCGAUGUUACUGCUGCCGUUUACAACAUCUACUUAUUCAAACGGCACCGUUACUUGCCGAUCUCUGACCUACUGCUACUACUCCGAACCCGGCCACCAGCUGUUAUUGACUCCGUGACUCGGAAAGGGAAAACAAAACGGCCAGAGAGAAGAGAAGAGAAGAGAAGAGAAGAGAAGAAGCAAACCACAAACAGCAACCCGUCGCGUGUAUCUAUCGCCACCAGAUUCGCCCUCUCUUUCUCUUUUUCUCUUUGGCGGUGCCUCACCUCGACCCAGUUUAGGAUUUGUAGAUCCAAAUCGGCCCUGGACUGUUUGCAUCUCCUGUAACUUGCUAAUAUUAGCCCGAUUUCCCUGCAUCUGUUUCUCUCUCUCUCUCGAAAGCUCGUUUCUUUUCUUAUUCAACGGCAACUGAAACAGAAGAAGAACCCUAGUCAACAGCAACCGACGCUGAACUGUCCCAGUCAAACUCGCCAAACGCCUCUCCCUCUUUCUUUUCUAACCUGAACGGUUCGCUACUCAAUUGGGUUUCCGCCGCUUGCUAUUGGGUCCUGAAGAAACAGUAGAACAGAGCCUGAGAGUAAACGGAGGAGUUUCUUCCUUAGGUUCCGGGUUGUAGAAAGAUUUUGUGGGAACAGACAUGUGAAGAAGAUGGAGGGGACAAAAGGGUAUGUUGUGAAUGGUGGGGAGAAUAGUAAUGGGAGCUCUAGCAAUGACAUUCAUAGGCUAUCUUCUCCCAGCCUCCCUCCACCUCCGCCGCCGUCGUCGUACCGGCAGCGUUUCGUCAAUGCUGGCGUGCCCGUGUCUUGUAAGAGGACUCUGGUUCGCCAUCCGUCUCUUGUAAGUUCCCCCCGGUCCCCAUUUUGGCCAUUCUUUCUCUAUUGAGCUGAGAUCGAAUUUGGCUCUCGGUUAGUGUUGCUGUGCCUGUCUGUACAUUCAAAUUGGGUGUGUUGUUGAUAUCUAUUGAAAUAAUUGGAUAGGACUAGU